ACAUCCCCCAAGGGGAGGAGCCCAGUAGGUGCCUGGGUAUCAAGGUUGUGGCAUUAAGGCUGAACUCCUUCUCGACCUCACUGAGCUGUGGCCCCUUACAGGCAGUCACACCGGGAACCCUGUCGCGAGAGCUCCUCGGGCCUUGUGUCCUAAUGGGGCAGGCUCACAUGCAGCCUCCUUGGCCCCGUGCCCUGCCCAGACCUGUUCUGGAUUCCACCCCCACCCUUCCCCAAGGUCGCUGCCACCUCCUACCUGCCAGGCUUGGGCAGGGCCUCUGAGACACAGCCGGGAAGGCUGGCAGGCAGGAGGGCUGGGGCGAGCACUGGGGGGCCAUGGAGCGGGCAGAAGAGCCCGUGGUCUAUCAGAAGCUGCUCCCCUGGGAGCCAAGCUUGGAGUCGGAGGAGGAAGUGGAGGAGGAGGAGACAUCAGAGGUGCUGGUUCUAAACCCCUGGAGGCACCAGGACUCUUCCAGGAACAAGGCUGGCGGGCUGCCCGGAACCUGGGCCCGUGUAGUGGCAGCCCUGCUGCUGCUGGCUGUUGGCUGCUCCCUGGCUGUGAGGCAGCUCCAGAAUCAGGGCAGGUCGACAGGAAGCUUGGGCUCUGUGGCCCCUCCACCCGGCGGACACUCCCACAGCCCUGGCGUAUACCACCACGGUGCCAUCAUCAGCCCUGCAGCCACAUGCUCCCACCUAGGCCGAGAGCUGCUUGUUGCCGGGGGCAACGUCGUGGAUGCUGGAGUUGGAGCUGCAUUGUGCCUGGCAGUGGUGCAUCCUCAUGCCACGGGGCUAGGUGCCAUGUUUUGGGGCCUCUUCCACGAUAGUUCCUCAGGCAAUUCCACGGCCCUGACAUCAGGCCCAGCACAGACCCUGGCCCCCGGCCUGGGGCUGCCCGCGGCUCUGCCCACCCUGCACCUGCUGCAUGCACGCUUCGGCCGCCUGCCCUGGCCACGCCUGCUAGUGGGCCCCACCACGCUGGCUCAGUUGGGCUUCCUGGUGGACACACCCCUGGCAAGGGCUCUGGUGGCUCGGGGCACAGAAGGCCUCUGUCCACUACUUUGCCAUGCUGAUGGGACACCCCUGGGCGCUGGGGCCCGAGCCACCAACCCACAGCUGGCAGCUGUGCUUCGCAGGGCAGCCCUUGCUCCCACCUCAGACCUUGCUGGGGAUGCUCUACUGAGUCUGCUGGCGGGAGACCUGGGGGUGGAGGUGCCCUCGGCUGUGCCCAGGCCCACUUUGGAACCAGCAGAGCAGCUACCUGUGCCCCAGGGCAUCCUGUUCACCACCCCCAGUCCCUCAGCUGGCCCAGAACUGCUGGCACUGUUGGAGGCAGCCCUGCGCUCCGGGGCGCCCAUCCCUGACCCCUGCCCACCGUUCCUGCAGACUGCUGUGAGCCCCGAGAGCAGUGCCCUGGCCGCCGUGGACAGCAGCGGCUCUGUGCUCCUUCUCACCUCCUCGCUCAACUGCUCCUUUGGCUCUGCACACCUGUCCCCAAGCACUGGGGUUCUGCUCAGCAACCUGGUGGCCAAGUCUACCACUAGUGCCUGGGCCUGCCCCCUCAUCCUCCGUGGCAGCCUGGAUGACACAGAGGCUGAUGUGUUGGGGCUUGUGGCUUCAGGGACCCCUGAUGUGGCCAGGGUCAUGACUCACACCCUACUCAGGCAUCUGGCAGCAAGGCCCCCUACCCAGGCCCAGCACCAGCAUCAGGGUCAGCAAGAACCAACAGAGCAUCCCAGCACUUGUGGCCAAGGGACCCUGCUCCAGGUGGCAGCCCACACAGAGCACGCCCAUGUCUCCAGUGUCCCCCAUGCCUGCUGCCCCUUCCAGGGGUUCUAACAGGAUGGGGGUGGGUCUGGCAGAAGGCAGAGUUAUCUGAAGCAUGGGGGCAGGAGCAGAGCAGACACAGCAGCAAUGGAGUGUGCACCCGCAGGGUGUGGUGGCUCACACCUGUAAUCUCAGCACUUUGGGUGGUCAAGGCAGGAAGAUACCUCGAGGCCAGGAGUUUGAAACUAGCCUAGACAACAAAGCAAGAUCUCAUCUGUACUAAAAAUUUAAAAAUUUGCCAGGGGCGGUGGCACAUGCCUGUUGUCCCAGCUGCUUGGGAGGCUGAGGCAGGAAUCUCGCUUGAGCUCAGGAGUUCAAGGCUGCAGAGAGCUAGGAUCACACCACUGCACUCCAGCCUGGACAACAGAGUGAGACCCUGUCUUUAAAAUAAUAAUAAUAAUAAAAAAUAGCUGGGUGCGGUGGCUCAUGCCUGUAAUCCCAGCACUUUGGGAGGCCAAGGCAGGUGGAUCACCUGAGGCUAGGAGUUCGAGACCAGCUUGGGCAACAUGGCGAAACCCCGUCUCUACUAAAAAUACAAAAAAUUAGCUGGGCAUGGUGGCGGGCACCUGUAAUCUCAGCUACUUGGGAGGCUGAGGCAGGACAAUCACUUGAACCCGGGAGGUGGAGGUUGCAGUGAGCCAAGAUCGCACUAUUGCAACCCCACCUGGGCAACAAGAGGGAAACCCUGUCUAAAAAAAAAAAGGAUUUAUUAUGUGCUCACUGCUGGCUCAGGCCCCAACCUCUGGCCUUUUAAGUUACCUAGACUUGAGUUCUGGCAUCCAGAGCUAACAAUCAUUCUUCAGAUCACCCACACCGGAUGGAAUCUCUAGCUGUUUUAUCAGCUAAGAACAUCAGGGUAAUAACGAAAAAGCAGUAGGGCCUGGGGCUAGCACUGAGUUCAGAUCCAGCUUUCAGGAGGACAGUGGAAAGAGUGCAGAGCCUCUGCCUAGGCCCUGGGCCCCACGAAGCAGGACAGGCAGAGCCCAGGGUACUGUUGGCAUCUCUGUCCUUCCCUUCAGGACACCCCUUACCUAUCUGCCUCAACCAGACUGGGUACAAAAUAAAGAUCAAGUCUCCCGGAAACCAA